AUGUCAAAUUACAGCUAUUCAUCUUAUCAAUCCUCAUCUGGUGGUGGAGCUGGUGGAUAUGGGGGUUUCGAUGUAGCGAAAGCCAUGUUUACCCAAGCCGAUGUCAACAGAGAUGGUACAAUCGACCAGAAUGAAUUUCAACAAUGGGCUUCAGAUGCUGCUCAUGGAGGAGCUGGUGGUUAUGGUCAAUCCUCAAGUGGAUAUGGAUAUGAUUCUUCAUCAAGUGGAUUCGGUGCUGGUGAAGCCGAUUUAUCUGGAGGCUACGCUGGAUCCGGCUACGGAUCCGGAGCAGCUGGAUUUUCUGGUUACGAUUCGUCAUCUGCUGGCUAUAGCAGCGGAGGAAUCAGCGGCCAUGGAGGAGUCUCAGGCACUGGAGCUGGAAGGCACUGUUUUAUUACUACGUAUCAUUUUAUAUAUUUCACACUAAUAAUAGAUCACGAUGAUCAACUUUGUAUGAAAAGUUACGAUUCGUCAUCUGCUGGCUAUAGCAGCGGAGGAAUCAGCGGCCAUGGAGGAGUCUCAGGCACUGGAGCUGGAGGGUUUGGUGGUUCAUCAUCAUAUGACAGCUCAGUCUAUUCAUCUCAGGGUCAGGGUUUCGGAGGUGUCAGUGGAUCUAAUCUUUAUCAAGACUCUAACCCCCAAAUCAUUCGUCGACCAGCACCCGGUGGUGGAGUAACCUAUAAACAAAAUAUUUUGGUUCGAUUCUUACAACCACCACCAAUUCCACCCCCAGGCCCACUCAUCAUCAGAGAAGUUAGACCACCACAGCCUCCAGCGCUACCCCCGCUUCGCAUCAGACAACAACCACCACCUCGUCCAGCCCCACCCCCACUCAUUCUUCGUGAGCGACCACCUGUCCCACCUGCAUCACUGACUCAGAAAAUAAUCAUUCGCCGUUUACCUGCUCUACCAGUUCCGCCACGAUCAGUUAUCAUUGAACGUCUCCCACCUCUUCCACCCAAACCACGUGAUAUCAUCAUCGAGCGAUGGAUUCCUUACGGACGUCAAGCCAAACGUCGUACCAUUGUUCAACGUGCUAACGCCGCUCAACAAUACGCAAGACCACGAAAUAUCAUUAUUCAAUAUGAACCAAUUCAAGCUCGUGUCGUUAGACAGUUUCAACGACUCGGAGUUCAACAAGAAAAUCCACAAAGUUAUGUUCAACGCUAUGGUGCUUCAUUACAAGAUGCUGCAUCCUUGUUACAAGCUGCACGUCAAGCCGGUGUUGUUGAAGAUAUCUCAGUACCAGGUGGAGCUGCCAUUGGAUU